CGAUUUAAGUCUCUAACUGUUUGACUACAGAUGCAAGAGUACUAUCCAACUCCAUCCUUUUGUCCGGGUAGUUUGAAUGGGUAAUUCAGCUUUUGUGUAACUCAAUUGAGGGGGCAAACAUAAAGACAAGAUUCUUGAGCGCUCAAGCUCCCUUUCCAUGGAUAUCUGCACAUCUCUUUAGAGAUUUGUUCCUUUCCUACCUUUUUCUGACAUCAUCCUCCCCUUAAAAAAAAAAGUCUCUGAUGGGGAACGGUUAAAAGUAGGCUAGCCCGGUCCCCCGUAUUACAUUGUCCUGUGCCAAUGAAGCAUGGUCAGUAUCAGCCCACAGACAGCUUCGGGGAGUGCAUAGAAAAGGGUGCCUAAACUUUCCUAACUCAUCGUCGGCACUUUUCCUUUGGAUUGUGCCUUUAAAAAAGAAAGGCCUUGGUAGGGGUGAAGAGGAUAGGGGAGAAUGGUAGAAAUCGCGGGGAAAUGAUUGUAUUUAUUAGCUGUCUUUCUGUGGCUGUCCCCAUGGUGACAAUUUGUGAUGGCAAAGAAUGUGAGAAGGGGAGGCUGAUGCCUGAUUGGGAUGCUUUGUAUUUGGCAAAGUGGCUCCUGAUUGGUCUGAGAGAGCCCCGAACUCAGCAGAGUCGAUAUUCAUUCAGCUUGCUCAAGUGCUUGCUCAACUGCCUCCACACACACCGGCUGCCUCCGUCGGGCCUGGCAGUGUGUAACCUGCCUAACGAGAUUAGCAGGAAGGGGCUCUUCUUCACCAGCACCCACCGGAAAGCCCCAGCGUGCCGGGUGAGUGUCCGCGCUUGCUUGCAGGGACACGAGAGCAGCUGCCUUGGCUUCUUCUCCCCACCUAUGUCUCACCUAAUGAGAUUAAGUGAGCAGCCCUGUGCCGGAGGCUGAGCUGGGCUGCAGGUGCAUGGUAGCCUGCCUGCACAGAGGUGAGGUGGUGGACAACCUGUAUGCUUAGCUGAGAAGUUUGACUUCUUCUCUCCACCUCCUGCAGUGCUCUUGAUGCUAUUUGAAUGCAGGCUUCACACUCUGAGUCUGCCUACCGUGUCUUGCAGAUUGGCCAAGGCUUACCUGAAACGGAUUAUAAACAUUUAAUGGGAAAUUCUGCACAGCUCAUCCAGUGAAAUGGCAUCAGACAGCGAGGUAAAAACCCUGCUGAACUUUGUCAACCUGGCCUCUAGUGACAUCAAGGCAGCCCUGGAUAAAUCUGCUCCCUGCCGUCGGUCGGUGGACCACAGGAAAUAUUUGCAGAAGCAGCUGAAGCGUUUUUCUCAGAAGUACUCGCGGGUGCCACGGUGCCACCCUGCCAAGCCCCCGGAAUGUGGCCCACGCCGUGGAGCAGAGGACAGGGCUCGCAGCUGCCAGCCUGAGGUGCCCGACCCUGGCCCCCUCAGUGCGGCUGCCACUGAGAAGAUGCUGCAGGCAGCCGAGGUGGAGGAGAGUCUGGCGGGUGAGCAGGCUGUGCCAGAGCAAAACCCUGAGGUCAACAGGCCAGACCAGGUGCCCAUGAGGAAACGACAGCUUCCUGCCUCCUUCUGGGAAGAACCGCGGCCGCCACAGAACCUCCCAGCCAGGGGCUUCCCCACGGGCCCCGAGGGGCUACCAGUCCCCAGGGACCCUCCUCCCUUUGAGGGGAAGAAAAGCAAGAGGAACCAAGACAGUAUUGGACCUGAGAGUCAUGAGCCUGCCCUGAAUGCAGGCGAGAAAGAUGCUGCUGGUGUACUCUCAGGCCGGGUGGGUGCCUGGACCUGCUGCCCCUUCCCCUGCCCUGGGCCAGCUGUUUACCAACCCCCAGGAACGCUGCCUCCAUCACCUUUCUCAGGGCUAGGGCUGUGGAGGAAGGGUGCUGCCACACUGCCAGCUGAAGCACAGCCCUUCUGCAAGGAGGCAGAGGGCACAGGGCAGAAAUUCUACAGGCCUGUGGUUUUGAAACCCAUCCCUACCAAGCCUACCAUCCCCCCACCGAUUUUCAAUGUUUUUGGCUACCUUUAGCCAGAGGAAAGGGCCAGAGUGUGUGACACUGGACAGAAUAACCCCUUAGAGGGGGUUGAAACACCAGGUUGGGCAGUGGGCACAAGGAGCUGGUUGUGUGCGGAAGGAGCUUCCAUCCAGAGAUGGUGUUGGCCCCUGCACAGGCUGGAGUGAAUUAGUAACUGUACAGCCUCCAUUCUUCUCUUCCCAGGUAAAAAUCAGGAAUAAGCCCUAUGAAUCUGGUGGCAUGGCAUGUGUGGCAAAUCAGACCUUUUUUAUGGAAGCACGUUGUUGGAGCCAUGGCAAGCAGGGCUCUGGUCCAUUUGCAAUGUUGUUGCAAUUGUAACACCUCAGAGAACCUCUUCCAUGUGGGAGCAUCUUCCCAGGUUGCCCUGCAGGCACAGCACUGAAAUGAAAUGAAUUAAACUCACUGAAACUGUU